GCAGGCGGGCUGAUGCAAGCUUGCCUCGUGCGGCACGCGGCCCUGGCUGGCGGCCCGCGCGAGCCUGACCGCAACCGUAGCGCCCUCAUCGAGAAGGAGCUCAAAGACUAUAUCAACUCAGACCUCAAAACUUCCAUCAAAAAAGCCAGCACGACCAUGGCCGCCAAGAUCGAGAGCCUUCAGCGGACCAACAACCGCAAGCUCAAACUCGCGGCUGAACUGCAGUCCCUGGGUGGCGGCAGCAUUCCAGCCAGCGUGAAGCCGGCAAACUUCGGCUUCGAGGCGGACCUCAUGGACACGGUAACGCUCCAGGACACGAGCUACGACCUCCACUUCGACAGCGGGUGCACGAUCCGCGACGCCAAGCGCAACCUCCAAAUCUUCUACCUGGAGAAGCAAUACACGAAGAAGGACAACUUCGUCACCCGCCUGCUGGCCGAGAGGAUCUCCAUCGACAACGGUUGGAACUCCCUGGAUCUCGAUUUG